AUUUACCAAAAUAGCCUCCACUACCUUCCAACAUCAUCACACCAUCUUGCUGGCUCAUUAUACUUCUCGCCAGAGCGGUGUAGAGGGUCAAAAUGCCGCGAAAUGUGCUCAAUAUACCACCCAAAACUUCCCCUUUGAGUUCAUCAUCACUAUCCAAAGUUUUACGUUCACAUAUUGCAGAACACUUUACAGACACACAUCCUGAUGCAUUUACUGAUGACCUUAAACAGAUUGCACGAUUGCACGAUCACAUCGUUCGAAUGGAUACACAUGUUUCCAAUAUAGAAUCUGCACAAAAAUAUUUGGCUCAACUAGCUUUUAUGGUAACCAAAUUUCCACCAGAUUUGGACUUAGCAUUUCCGUGGACGAUUGCAUUUCCACCAACAUUAUCACUAUUCAACGUCAGCCUCGUUCCCGAUGAAUCUCCACCUGCUUCGCCCGGAGUAUCAACAGAAGCAGCAAAAUCUUAUGCGAAAACAACGAGUUCAUCUUCCAUAAUCGCUCAUCCUAAUCUUCAUUAUGAAAGAGCUGCGCUACUGUUCUCCUUGGCAUCUUUAUACAGCACAUUAGGCGCUCAAGAAACAAGGUCUGAAGGUGAGAGUAUUCGUCGAGCAAUCUCCUUCUUUCAAUCUUCAGCAGGCGUUUUGCAAUAUAUCAUCAGUGAUCUUGUUCCACUUUUGCGACCUCUGUUUACCGGAAGGAAUGCACGCUUUUCCGAUCCUGACCUUCAACCGGCCAUGUUGGCAUGUUUGAGAGAUGCGAUGUUGGCUCAAGCUCAAGAAUGCUUUUGGCAAAAAGCUGUUGUCGAUAGACUUAAGGACGUUGCGAUUGCUAAACUAGCAUCGAGGGUGUCUGAGCUAUACUCCCAGGCUUUAGAGUUUGCAGAGACGGGUGGCUCGAUAGAGCCAUUAGAGGUCGGAGCUCCUCAAGGUUGUGAAUUGCCAAGGGAAUGGAUCAAUCACAUGACAAUCAAGAAGUGGCAUUUUGCUGCUGCUGCACAAUUUCGCAAGAGUAGCGAUGAUUUGAGCGCAAACAGAUAUGGAGAUGAAUUGGGAAGACUAAAGCUUGCCGAAUCUCAUGUGAAACAGGCUAUGGCAGCAUCACGAACUGGAGUUUCUACCGCAUUACAAAACGAUUUGAAAUCGCUUCAAGGCGCCAUUCAAGCCAAUUUGACAAGAGCAAUGAAAGAUAAUGAUUUGAUCUAUCUGGAAGCCGUAACGCCAGCUUCAAAACUUACUGCUAUUCCUGCAGUGGUGAUGGUAGAAGCAAAGAUUCCAAUUGAGAUUUCUCAACCGAUCCAAUUUUUACGUGACUCGCCCAGUCCCGCCUUUGGCAAACCUCUGUUCCAAGAGUUGGUGCCUUAUGGUGUGCAUUUGGCGAUAAGCGUUUUCGACGAAAGGAAAGAUUCUCUUGUACGGGAAGAGAUCGAACUGAAGAGACAAGAGCUUGACAGUUUAGCAACAAGUACUUUGCAAUCGCUCGAUUUGCCUGGAAGCCUACAAGCUCUGGAGCAACCGAUCGGUCUGCCUCCUGCAGUGAUGCGCAAAUCGGACGAGAUACGAUCAGAAGGCGGAAUGGAUCGUUUGAACGCUUUGAGUGAGGAUGUGAGGCGAGUGGCAGAGAUGGCAGCAGGCGUUUGGAAUGAGGUAGUGCAUCUUGUUCGACAAGCUCCUGCACCGAAUACGAUCAAUCAUCCUGCUACCGUUCAUAUGGCAGAAAGGCAUGGUCAACAAGCAUCUGCUUUUGACGGUCAAAUUGAGGAAUACCGUCAAACGCUACAACAAGCAGGUUCAAGUGAUCAAAUCGUUCAACAAAAGUUGCAGGAGUGGAGAGAGAUUAUCGAUAUUCUUGCAAAAGGACAAAAUGCUUUGGAUAAAUUUGUUCCCGGUCAAAAAAGAGCAACUUCGAUGACUGGUGAACAAAGCGCAACUGUUCGAGCAUUACGAGUUGAAAUGGAAGCCCUUGAUGAUUUGAUGGAUAGCCGAGCAAGUGUUUGUGAAGAAGCAAAAGCGAAAGCCAAAAGACAAGAUAUUCGAAAUGAUAUCAUGCGUGAAGCGGGUAUAAUUGCAAGCGGACAAAAUGCACCUUUGGUGAUUGAAUCUGCUCAUUUUGAACCUUUGUUUGAACGUUCGUUGGCGAUUUAUGAUCCUAUGCGCUCAGAAUUGAUCGCAAGUGAGAAAUCCCAACAAGAGAUCUUGGAUAGAAUAGCCGAGCGUAAUGAAGCUUUUGUACAAGCACGCACAGUCGAUGCAAGUAUGCAAAAACGACAGGAAGCAUUGCAAACGUUGGAUUUAGGAUAUGCAAAGUAUCGUGAAAUUUCUGCUAAUCUGGUGGAAGGGCUGAAGUUCUAUAAUGCAAUGGUGAAAAUGCUUCACGAAUUACGUGAGAAUGUUGCAGGCUGGGUUCAUCAAAGACAGGAUGAAAUGGCAGAUUUAUCUUCUAAGAUGGAGCAAGCUUCUUUGGCCGCCACAGCUGCCAACACUGCGUCAAAAGCAACACCAACAAAGAGAAGGACUCGAGCGGCGGCAAAAGCAGAAUCUUCUGCACCGGAGCCAGAACAAACUCAACCACCACAACCGCCAAAUUGGGGAGCAUGGCAAGGCGGUGACAUUCGUUUUGCAGAUUGAUAGUGAUGAAAGGUGUAUGAUACCCACUACAGCAUAAUUGAACAAAUGAUAGAUGAUCUAUUUGAGC